UGACGAGGCGCCGUGAAUGCGACAUGGACAUAAACAGACCCGCGGCGUGCGGACGGUCGAGGUUACCAACGUGACGGAUUACUUCACCAUAACGUAGCUCUUAUUUUUUUAAAGGACACGUUUUGCUGGAUGCUCCGUUCGUGUGCGUAUGUGUACAGCAAAGAUCCGGUCGUCAGGAUGGUGUCGUACAAGCGGCUGAACCCUGAAGACGUCCAGUUUUCCAGUGCGGUGUUGUCGGAGGAGCCUCGUCCUGCACACGAGGAAGUUCCCGAGCCGGAGGAGGCCUCUUUACUUCCGCGGUUGCGGUCGUGCUCCGUCACCACGGGCCUCCUGGUGAUCGGCUGCCUGCUGCUGCUCCUCUGUGGCGGCUGGCUGCUGGGCACCAUGUUCUGGCUGCACGGCUCGUCCAACCAGCAGCCCCACAGAGCUCCGCCACCGGCCCCGGCGCAAGUGGCCCAAACGGGAGCCAACGACACCGUGGCCGCCGCCUCUGACCGCGAGGCCUGCGGUCUCAUCCCGGAGGCCGGGAGGUUUGACUGCUACCCCGAAAGAGGCGUGGUUGUGACCAGAGCGUUGUGUGAGGCGAGGAACUGUUGCUUCAUCCCUGCUUCAUCUCCCUCCUCCUCUGCCACCCCUCCCUCAGGGGGAAACGGCGUCCCCUGGUGUUUCUAUCCUCUGGAUUUCCCUUCCUACUCGCUCGUGUCCAUAAACGACACGUCCCUGGGACAGGAGGGUUGGCUCGUGAGGGAGACGAAGACCUAUUACCCUGCAGACAUCCUCACUCUCGCUGUGGAGAUACGAUAUGAGACAGACACGCGGCUCCGGGUCAGGAUUACAGAUCCUUCUGACGCACGGUACGAAGUCCCCAUCUCCGUCCCCACCGCCACCAAGAAGGCGGAGAGUCCGGACUACGUGGUCGAGCUUUCGAAGGAGCCGUUUGGCCUCGUCGUGAAGAGACGCUCGACGGGAGCCGUGCUCCUGAACACCACCGUGGCUCCCCUCUUCUACGCCGAUCAGUUCCUCCAGUUCUCCACCUCCCUGCCCAGUCGGUUCGUCUACGGCCUGGGGGAACACCGCUCCACCUUUCUCCACGACGUCCAGUGGAACACGCUCACCAUGUGGGCCAGAGACGUGCCUCCUAUGGAACAGACCAACCUGUACGGAGCGCAUCCGUUUUACCUGGCGAUGGAGGACGGAGGGAGCGCACACGGCUUCUUCCUGCUCAACAGCAACGCCAUGGACGUGGUGCUCCAGCCGGCCCCGGCUCUCACCUGGCGCACCAUCGGCGGAAUCCUUGACUUUUACGUUUUCCUCGGCCCUGAUCCCGGUUCAGUCAUUGAACAGUACGUGGAAGUCAUAGGAUUCCCGGCGAUGCCCGUCUACUGGGCUCUGGGAUACCACCUCUGUCGCUGGGGUUACAGCACAAGCGAUUCCACCUGGGAGGUCGUCAAGAAAAUGAGGAAUUACGGGAUACCGCAGGACGUCCAGUGGAAUGACAUCGACUACAUGGACCAGUUCCUGGACUUUACGCUCGACCCGGCAAAGUUUGCGACGCUGCCUGACCUGGUCAAGGAUCUGCACGCUCAUGACCAGCGCUAUGUCAUGAUCCUGGACCCGGGUAUCAGCAGCGUUCAGCCCGAGGGCUCCUACUGGCCGUUCGACGAAGGACUGAAGAGAGACGUUUUUAUUAAGGACGCUGAAGGAAAAACACUGAUUGGGAAGGUGUGGCCCGGUCUGACAGCGUACCCGGAUUUCUCUGACAAUGUUACGCACGAGUGGUGGUACGAAAACCUCCGGCGGUUCCACGAGAAUGUGCCAUUCGAUGGAUUGUGGAUUGACAUGAACGAGCCGUCCAAUUUCCUGGAUGGAUCCACGAACGGCUGUCCGUCAAACAGCCUCGAAAAUCCCCCUUAUACGCCAGGUAUACUGGGAGGUUUGCUGAGAGCCAAUACGCUGUGUGCCACCGCUCGGCAAAAGCAGUCGAUACACUAUAAUAUGCACAGUCUGUAUGGACUCAUGGAGGCUAAAGCGUCUGCCAGCGCUCUGAAGCGGAUCGUGGCCAAGAGACCGUUCGUGAUCUCCCGGUCCACCUUCCCCAGUCAGGGGAUGUACUCUGGUCACUGGCUGGGAGAUAACAGGAGCCAGUGGAAAGACCUUUACAGCUCUAUAGCAGGCAUAUUGACCUUUAACCUUCUGGGCAUCCCGCUGGUGGGAGCAGACGUCUGCGGCUUCAGCGAGGAGCCGCAGGAGGAGCUGUGCGUUCGCUGGACGCAGCUCGGCGCGUUUUAUCCCUUCACGCGCAACCACAACGCCAUCGACAUGAAGCCUCAGGAUCCCACAGCCUUCAGCUCUCUGGCUCGUACAGCCAUGAAGGAGGCGCUGCUGCUGCGUUACUCCCUCUUCCCCGUCCUCUACACGCUCUUUCACCAUGCACAUGCGCACGGGCACACUGUCGCACGCCCGCUGAUGUUCGAGUUUCCGAAAGAUGUCAGAACCUACGGGAUUGACAAACAGUUCCUGUGGGGGAAGAGUUUGCUGGUGACACCGGUGUUGGACCCUGGAGUUGAUUACGUGCAUGGUUACUUCCCAGAGGGACUGUGGUAUGACUACUACACGGGUGAUGCUCUGCGCAGUAAGGGCGAAGAGGUUCAACUCCACGCACCUCUCGAUAAGAUCAACCUGCAUUUGCGUGAAGGAUCCGUUUUAACAACGCAGGCGCCCAACCUGACCCUGUGGGUGAGCAGCGGUCAGCCUCUCCACCUGGUCUCGGCCCUCACCGACGACGGCUCGGCCGGCGGCGAUUUGUUCUGGGACGACGGCGAGAGCGUCGACACGUACGAGACGGACAAGUACGCCUACGUCGUCUUCAGCGUCGCUCAGAACGCGAUGACGUCCCAGGUUCUCCGCAGUGACGUAGAGGCCACGUACAUCACGGUGGAGUUGGCCUCCUUCUACGGCGUGAAGGAGAAGCCGAGCCGAGUGUUGGUGAACUCCCAGGAUGCGACGUUCACCUACAGAGCCAACCGGGUGUUGACAGUCGCAGAUCUCGGUCUCAACCUCAGUCAGAAUUUCACCAUCAGCUGGAUGUGAUGGCGUUGGACUGACCCCGGUGUGCCUCGUGUCACAGACGGACACGGCAGCGCAGCCUGUAAGUGUCAGUGACGGGGAUGUUUUUGGAUGGUGAACAGUAACUCGAGAUGAGAUUCAAGUGCGGUUUUUGAACUUUGAGAAGCAGCGUGUCGUUUUGCUCGCUGCGAGCUGAGAAGACAAACAAAGAAGUUUCUCUCUAAAGAUAGUUCACAUCUGAGUUGUUGUUUUUUGAAAACUUAAAGCUACAGUGUGUAAUUUUUGUAAUUUUCUGGCGGCAUCUGGUGGUAAAGUUGCAAACCCGCAACCAACUGAGAACCGACAGGGGACACUUUAUGGUGGCGCACCGCUGAUUCCAUUUCCUGUUUCCAGCAGCGCUGAAAUUCAACGCGAUGCGGCGUAAUGCUGGACCGCUUUUUGCAACGACCGUAUUCAACACGACGUAGCAAACAUGGAGACUCACACGGAGGUCGGGUCCACCUCAUGUUACUAUAUUUAACUCAUUCACAGUUGACGAAAAAACAUUGCUCUUUUGUUGCAGCUGAUUAUAC